GCCACAGUGGGGCACCCAAAUUGGGCCAACUACGUCAGAGGCCUUCAAGAGCAGAAGACGCUCCACUUGCGUGCAGCGCGAGGACACCGCUCUAACAGUUGCGGACGUGUCUGUCUGUGAUUGGACGAGGUCGUGGAUCGAUCCUUGCCCGCCGGUUGCCCUUGGUUACUGAAGGAAUCGAAUGGUUCAAGGUAAUCUCGGCGAAUCCGGCGUGUGACAGGGAAAGAGUUGAGACUUGCUAAGCCAUCGGCGCACUCUAAUUGGUCUCCGUUGGAAAGGCUGCCCACGUCUUGCCAGCUGAACGCCGAGCCAGACCAGAGAUUCCAAGGCGUAACUCGGACAGCUGCGUCCCGCGGCUUUAACGGUUUACUACAGAUUGACACCGAAUAACCUGUGGACGGCAGGGCCCGUAUUCUCUGGGAGGCCGACGAGCGUUUUAGUGUUGCAGCAAAUUCUUCCAGCCAUUCCGUGCCACCAGGGGUACUUUUAGCAACGGACUAAUCACCAGGCAUGCAUGCUUGAGGUUCGGCUGUAAGCCGCAGCGGGAUCCGACCGUCUGACAUCCACUUCACGGCGGACAUGAUCCCCUGCAAGUUCAGCAACGGCUCGGACAUGCUGGAGACCUUCAGGCAGCUUCUGUUUAACGAGGUUAAGAUUACGGACAUACCGAAGAUUGAGGUUAUCUACAAGGACGGCUCGUGGUGGGCGUACUUUGGGAACAGGCGGCUGUGGAUCCUACGGGAGGUGGAGAGGUUGGGCCGGUGUGCCGCCGUCGAGUGCAUAGUUCUCCCCAAGGACUUCUGCAGCGACGAGAAAUGGCUUAAGAAACUGAAGAACCGAGACGAGGGACAAUCUGUGGGUGUGGAGAAAACGGAGAGGUUCGACGUCGAGUAUCAAACCAUCAUAGAGGCAUGGCGGAAAAAGACUAUCUAUGGCAUGGACGCGCCGACUCAACUCGAGGUCAUGAUGGGGAAAGAAGCGGGUACCCCGAAGACUGCACGUGGCGGCAAGGUCUUCACGUUUCCCAACGGCACGAGCGGCUCCUCCCAGACAAAGUCAGCCACCAAGAACAUGGGGCAGUUCUUCAAGGACCUCGUGUUGUGCAGCGUCAUCGUGUCCACCAGUGCAAUCGGAGCCCUCACCAUGGUCAGCUAUUUCCUGGGAAACAGUCUUAUUGCCACCACGAUGAAAAGCAUUCUCGCUGACUUGGACUUCCCCUUUGACUGGGCAGAGGAAGAGUGAGCUCUGCACACGCACACGUAACGAGGUGUUGCGACGGACGGCAACCCCUGAUGUGUUUUUACAGUGCCAUGGAGGCCACAAGGCAGGGUGGACCGUAGUUUGAAACAGUCGGUACUCGGGAAGAAAGAUUAGUCUCUACCAGACUCCCGCCUGGCCGAAUAGUAAUAGGGGACUUUGGCCAAGUUAGGCCUUUAAUAGGUCGCAAACUAUACUCCUCGGCCAUCCAACUCCUCUGGUGUAUUUUUCUGUCUUAUUUGGCCAAUUUCUACUAUUUUUCCAGCGACCCGCGGAGCCUGGUAGAGGCUAAAGAAAGACUUGCCGCUUGACGGAGAGCGACUACGACGUGACCCAGGACCACGGUUUGAGUACCACCUGCUGAUCACGAUGUCUCACGCAGCGUUACGUACUCGCACCGUUUCACACAGGAACAAGAGUGUUAUUAUAGAUGACAGUGUGUACAGCCACGUAGCCCUACUAUUGUCCCACAAGCGACGGACAACACAACAUACUAGUAACAAGACUAGUGUAGAACUGUUCUUUCGAGCGUUUCGUCCCGUGAGAUAGGUCUUAUGGUCUUGGUUGAUUCGUUCCCCACAACAAGCUAGUUACUCAGUACUAGAUAUAGUCGACGUCUGAGGUUUGCUAUGAGCAACUUUUAAUUCAAAACUGCCCGUCCGUAUUGACUGGAACUAAUUCAGAUUGAAGGUAAUGAAAGCAGUUGUUAAAUUAUCAAGAACAAACUACAGCAAACGUCAAACUGCCUUGUUGUGAUUUCAAUACAACAAGAAUAAAUGGGAUUCUUGUUUCAUGAGAAGGUUUAGUCUUCAGUUUUAUUCCUGAUAACUGAAUGUUAGAAAUUAUCUGCACUUUG